AGUAAAUAUGUUAAUGGCUCAUCUAAAAAAUAUUUAUUGACUUUUAAAUAUUUUUUUCUUAGAGUGAGGAAGCACAUAUAGUAACUUGAUAUGAUACUAUACUUGUGUUACUAAAACCAAUAAACAUUAGUAACUCUGAAUGUAUUGAUUUUUCGACCUAUGUUUAUUAAACAUGUUUUACCUAGUAUAAUAAGCAGGGCAGACUGGGACUAAAUGGCCCCAAGUAUAUAUUGCUCAUGCACUUCUUUUAAUAUUUAUCUUGAGAAGAAAAAUUGAUACAAAAUCGCAAAACAGUUAUUUUAGAACAUAGACAUUGUUUCCUGACUUUCAUCAAAAUAAUAUUAUAGUUAAGAAAUAGAAAAACUGAUUUGGUAAUAGCAAAGUAAAUGUUCGAGCCUCUCGAAAUUUUAUAUUAAUAUUCUCCAUUAUGACUGAAUAAAAUUAAGCGAUAUGUUACUAGCUAGAGUGAAAUUUCUUGCAAGUGUAUGAUAUACUGUUUUUGGUAAUAAAUAGACGAGAUAAAGUUGACCAUAAUUAAUGGCCAGCAGAAGGGCUGUGGAAAUCUCUCGUGGAGACUCUAGAACUACUAAUCAGGAUACAUAUUGCUCAUUUGUUGCAACGACAUAACUCAGAAAAUAUGAUUUUUCAGGAGACAAGAUUUAAUGUUUUGAAUUGCUAUAACUUUGUUUGAGAAUUUUAAAAUACUAUAUUGGCAGAAUUUACUAACAUCGUAAGUAAUCGUCGUUUUAGAUGUAAAUAGUACAUGUACCAACCUUUCUCCCUAUACUAAUAACUUAAUAAGGACGAUUUUUUAGUUAUGUCAUUGUUGCAGCAAAUAUAUUGCAGCACAUAUAUUGUUGCAGCAAAUAUACAGUGAUAUUUUAUACGUGGCUUUCUUUUACCCUACGCUGCUGGACAACUGAACCCGGAAUCAGGGCAAGAUGGCUACGUUGCUGCAUAUUCGUAUUUUGGUUAUUACAAAAUAAAAUAUACAGUUAGCAGAAUCGUGACAAUCAUUAAUACAAGAAGAUUGCCUCUAUCAUAUUUACACAGUCAGUCACAAUAAUUACUUGUAGAGAAAUUAUAAUUUCGAAAUUGUAAAAUAUAAGACAUCUAGCCUUGGUCUCCCGUAUUAUCUGUUUUGUAAAUCUUGAAACUCUUUUUUUAACACCCUAUAUAUAACGUGUGUGCGCACAAUGCUCGCUAUACUUCACAUGGGAUCGGUCGAAAGGUGUAUCUGAUAAGACAAGUCAGACGUUCUCUUAUCUGUGGUAGACAUCGUAUCGUCGCGUCGUCAGCUGAUGAUAAACAGUAACAUACGACAAAAUGAUUUGGAGAUUCCGUAUACAUUUGUCUGACGAAAAUUUCGGCAGGUGAUCGACCGAUAAUUUCCAAAGUUGCACGACAGUGUAACGAUGACUGAAUCAUUUAGUGCUCGAGAUGCUACUGUUAGAAUUUCCAUCUUACUAAAAUGUGCUCUAAUGAUAGAUAUUUAUUACUUCAGUUACAUUGUCAAGAGGACUUAGUUUAUAAAACAUUAUCUUAAUCGUAUUCAUCCGUCUACAUCUUAUAUUAGACCUUUGGCUCUACCUAUGUUCUUAUCCUAAUAUUACUGUAAUUACAUUUCACAAUUUAAACACUCUUUUACUUAUUAUUAUUAUCUACUUAUUAUAUUACUCAAUCUACUUUAUCUACUUUAUUCUAACUUACCUAUCUGUUACCACAAUAUUGUGUUGCUAUUUCACGACUCCUUUACACAUCUUCAUCAUAAUCUGCUCUUUAUUAUAUCCCACACAUUCUUUAUUUCUAUUUUCCUUUUUUCCCUUUAUUCCUCAGUCUCUUUCUCUGCAAAGCUUCUUCAAAACAUUUCACCUAAUUUAGCUUAUCAUCGCUUAUCAUCAUUAGCUUAUCCUUUUUCAUUUUCCUUCACUAUCAUUUCCUAACUCGUCAAACCAUCUUUUUGUCCGAUACAUACCUACAUGCCUUAUACAAUCCUAACCUUUUCCGUAGAAUACACAUAUUCAAACAUGCUCUAAUGAGUAAAUUCAAAGAAUAUAUCAUCGUACGGUGUAUUUGGAAAAUCGUUUCUAAACGCGUUUGUUAGAAUAACGUUAUCACAACGGCAUAACGAUGACAGAAUCGUUUAGUGCUCGGUGUGUCCCCAUAAAAACUUCCGUCUUAUCUAAGAUAUAUCCUUAAUGAAUAAACUCGAAGAAAAUGUUACUACAGACCGUGUCUAAAUGAAUACCGUGCUUAUUAGAAUAGCGUUUGAGACGUUCCGCAAAUUUUAAUGAAGUACACUCGACGCUUUUGAGAAAGUUUGAAAAUAUCGUGAGCAUAGUAAGCUAAGUAAUCUGCAACGUCUUGAAUAAAUAUGCAUUGUGAGAGAGAGAAAUAAUACGGAUCAUACAUGACGAGGAAUAUCCUAAUAGAACAAAUUUUUCAUAUAAUUUCUUAGAAUUUUUAUAAAAAAACGUGUUUUCAAUCUUGUAAUUUUUCUAAAAAUAAAUUUAAGAAAUUAACACUUUAGAAUUAUUUGUUCAUUACUUGAAUUUUUAAGAAACGAAAUGUUACAUAUUUCAGUUUGUCAAAUAUAUAAUUAUUUGGAUAUACGAAAGAUACAUUAUUUUUUUAAUCAAGAAGCAAGUAAAAUCACUAAUAGUUUCAAAUUUUUGCGGUAUUAAUUUAUUAUAAUGCGAGUUUUGCUAAAAUGAUUACAAAUAUCAGCUAUCUUAAGUCUUUAUUUUGCUCGUGAUAAAAAUUUGAUGGUACAGGAACCUCGAUUAUGUAUAAAAUAUAGGCAGAAAUAAGUAAAGUACUUAUAUAAAACUUUUCUUAUGUAUUAUAUUUCAUAUAAAAAAUCCUUGAAAUGUAAUGAAAAAUCAUUUUUAGCUUGCACCAUUAUUUUACAUUUUAUCACUUUAAUCUGUCACACUGGAGUCAAAAACGACCCCAUAGUAGGUUUGCCUUUUUAUUAUACGGUAGGAAAUUAAAAUGAUUCAAUUGUGUUUAAAUCUCAUAUUCUCAACAACUAUAACUUCUUGUAGCACGUGAAUCGAAAAUCCUCAUUUCAGUAGCUUGCGAGUAAUUCGAAAUUAAAAAUCAAGUAGAGUUGAGAAUGACUCCAUGGGUCAGAUUAGAUUUAUGCUGUAAUUCUAAACAGAAUCGUAAGUGUCUUGUAACUUGUUCUCGUAAAAUUCUUAAGAACUUAUGAAUAGAUCUACAAUUCUAUGCGUACCAUAUGUUAUACGAUCGCUUGUAAAUAUCGUAAAUUACGUGAAAUCGUAGAUAUUUACGAAUGAUCGUAUGAUAUACAGUACGUAUAGAAUUGUAGAUCUAUUUAUAAGUUCUUACAAAUUGUACAAAAGCAAGUUACAAAUCUUAUGAUUAGAUUUAGAAUUGCAGUAUUGAUCUCCAAACUCUUGCUACGAGAAUUUACCGGAAACACGACAGAGAUCUUUUGCAAUCUAGUACUUCGCAGAUUCCUUCAUUAUUGUGCAAAUAAGUAAUCAUUAAACACACUCUGUUUUUUGUUUACAAAAUAUUCAACCGCGAAAUAACAAUUGCCCGAUAAUCUUUUUCCUGUUAUCGACGCGUAUACACUUCGAUUGUUUGUUUCUUUUAUGCAAAUAUCUCGAUGCGAUAUUUAAAAGCAUGUUAUUUAUCCUAUAAAACGCACAUUCUAUAAACUUACAUCUUCUAGAAAAUGUUUGAUUUGAAGUCAUACAUAUGUACAGCCGAUAUGUGCGCGUAUAAAAUUUAAAUUACCACUUCGUACUAGCUCGUUUUGUUACGCCUGUUAUUUUGUCUGAUGACGAUCUCCUAGGAAUGACACUAUGAAAGGAAAAGCACACGACCCGACCAUACAAGGUUUUGCGAAGCAGUAUCCUGGCUGUACAUUAUAUACCAGGAAAAAGUCAGGAGGAACAACGGUCGUUGGAACGUCGAAAUCAGGCCGUGGAAUUCUGCUUAGGACCCUUGUGCUCGUUUUUCUGGCUACGUUCCUUUACCUACAACUUCACGUGACGUUUAGUUUGACUGGUCGAGAUGAUUCCGGGCAAUCCUCGUCGAAUGAAACCCUUUUCUCCCUCGUGCCUCAAGAAUUGCACAGGUUCCUGAAGGAGGGUCGUAAUUCGUCCACCGGCUUGACGAACGUGAGCUCCGGCGCGCUCACGGAAUUCGAGAUUGCGGAAAUCCGGCGUAAGAUCGAGAGGGCAAAUGCGGAACAGAAAGUGUACAACGAGGAGGCGUUUGGGCCGUUGGCUAGCGACGCUCCUAUCAUAGUUAUCCAAGUGCACACGAGGCUCACUUAUCUCCGACAUCUAAUUGUAUCGCUAGCGCAAGCGAAGGACAUUGAGCAGGCUCUCCUCGUCUUCAGCCACGAUAUUUGGCACCCAGAUAUCAACUACCUUGUACAGAGCGUCGAUUUUUGUCGGGUUAUGCAGAUCUUUUAUCCGCAUAGUAUACAGACUCAUCCACAUACGUUCCCCGGCGAGGGGCCCAACGACUGUCCACGAAAUAUUCGUAAAGAACAGGCCUUAAAUUUAAAGUGCGCCAACGCCAAGCACCCGGACUUGUAUGGCCACUAUAGAGAAGCUAAAUUCACGCAAACCAAGCACCACUGGUGGUGGAAGGCGAAUCGUGUGUUUGAUCGGCUGUCGGUGACAAGGAAUCACACCGGGAUGGUGUUGUUCCUUGAGGAGGAUCACUACGUCGCCGAGGAUUUCUUGCAUGUGCUCAGACUCAUGGAACGCACUUGCAAGCUCAGUUGUGAGCGUUGCAACGUUCUGUCGUUGGGUACAUAUUUAAAGACCUACAACUAUUUUACGGAUCUUACUCGUAAGUUCCUCGGCGUCGAUAGCGCUCUGCAGAAGGAGCUUCUGCGUGGGUUAAAGCGGCAGGAAGCACCGGCGACCCGGCGGCAGAUCGGUGGCAACGGAGUCGUCGACGACGUCACCGUCGGCGGUGCCACGGGCAUCGCCAACGGGAGCACCGCCGGUGGAACCACAGGCGGUAUCGCCGCAUAUGGUGGUGGCAGAAGCGGCGGUAUCACCGGCAACGUUAUCAGCGGCGGCGGCGGCGGCGGCGGCGGCGGCAGCAGCAGCAGUGUGUCUACCUAUCAGAACGUGGCGAACGCGAUGCAAACAGCGCCCGCAUGGGCCUUCCAACUGCUGCCCAGCCUCUACAACCACUAUCAGAAGGCGGAGGUAACGCCGUGGAUAUCCAGCAAGCAUAACAUGGGUAUGGCCUUCAAUCGCGUCACGUGGAACAAGCUGCGAAAAUGUGCAGCACAGUUUUGCUCGUACGACGACUACAAUUGGGACUGGAGUCUGCAGUACAUCGCGCAAACCUGCCUGCCGCCCAGUCGGGGCGCCGGAAUAGCACCUCGUGCCGAAUCUGGGUUGAUCACGAUGACGAUGAGGGCACCGAGAGUCUUCCAUAUUGGAGAAUGUGGAGUCCACCAUAAGAAGAACAACUGCGAAUCGACGGCAGUGAUAGCGAAGGUUCAAAACGUGUUGAAGGCGGCGCGCAGUCACCUGUUUCCCACGCAAUUAACGCUAACGAUCGCCGGUACAGCGAAAAAGACAAAACUGAGGAAGGGGAACGGCGGUUGGGGAGAUGUGCGAGAUCAUCAGCUCUGCUGGAACAUGACUGUGUAUCCGGAUUUGUUCCUGCCUUGAGACUCACAGUGUGGAUAAUGAUUGGUUCCUACGUGUACAUCGUACUACAGAUUGAUUGUAGUGCGAUUAAGUUGCCAGUUACCGAACGAUUGUCAGAGAGAAUAUCCAUCACGGAUAAUCGAGGAUACGGCUUUUUUGAGGUAUUUGCUUAAGAGGAUACGCCGCGACGAGGAGACCAUCGGAGAAUUUUCCACCUUCAAUGAAUAGAUUUCGAUCUGAACACGUCAUUACGUCACCACCAGCCACGGUCGUGAUCGUUGUAGCUAUUGUUAUCGUGAGACCACUGUCACUGCCGCGAGGUUUUCGCCGGAAAUAGCAGUAAUCAUAGAUGUUUCGUCGAGAUCAAAUGAAACAUCACGCACGAGGUAGACGAAAUGGAAGAGGAAGACAUCAAGCGAUCCCGACAGUGACCUCUCAAGCCGGUACUAUCUCGAAAACGUAUUGUUUACGAUGCAUUUAGUUCAUAUCUCGCUCUGCGCUGGAUCCUGUGUCCAUCGCGACGACGCGAAAUAGACAUUAAAAUGAAGAGACAUUAAGGUAUAUAAAUGAAUUAACGAAAAGUGGUUUUUGCGCGAAUGGGGAAGAGUUUGAUUAGUGAACUCUCGAAGCAUGUAAUAACGUUAUUACCAAUGAUGUUUCAACGGAUAAAGAAGCACAAGUGAUUUACUUAUUCGAAAUAUCGCGCUAAAUCCACAAAAAAAAAAUAGUGUGAUAGAGAAACGUUGCUAAUAAGUCCUCGUUUCCUCCUCACUAUGUUUUUACAAUACGAGUGAGAAUGCGAUAGAUGAGUAUUUGGUCUAAAUUAAUGUAUUACCAAUGUUCUAAGGGCCUACGACCCAAAGCGGUAAGACAACGUGUCAGCGUUGAUCUGAUUUCCAAUGCUGAGACGGAAACGCGAAUGCGUGAAGUGAUUGAAUAAACAAAAAUUACAUAGAUGAAAGCAAGAGGGCUGUAUUCUGUACUUUGCAGUUUCAUGAUGGAAUUUUCCGCUUUCCCCCGACUAGCUUCUUGUAAUGAUCUGCUCUUUUCUAAGAGUCACGUUCGACUGCGUGACGUCAUAAUCGAUGACGAUCGACCGCGAAACGCGCUCAUUAUAUUCUAGUCAACGUGUAUCAACGUAACACUUUGAAGCCGCAAGUAUUUAAUAAUCAAUUGUAGAAAAUAAGACCAUAAAGUUAAGGAUUUACACCUACUUUACUAGUGAUACGCCUUCGAAGGGCGCAAUAUAACGUCAUGUAACGACCUCGGGGAUAUGAACGUAAUUGAAUGUCAUGUACCUUUUAUAUUUAUAAUAAUAACAAAACCAACGAGAAAAUAUAUAAAACUCGAUGAAACGA